AUGCGCGGGGGCAUGUAUACGCCGCUAAUCCUGGCCCUGGGCGCCAACCUCGUGUUGGGAGCCCACAAUCACCACAAACGUCUCCAUGCAAACAUCAAGCCGCAUGUUCAAGCGGAACCAAGAGAUCUGGACUGGAUUGACCACCUCUCGGCGGAUACGAUUGUGGAGACUCUCACCCUGACGACCACUGUCUUUGAAGACUGUAUUCCCACGAACACUAGAUAUGUCACUACGACCAUUUUUGAGGACUACCCUGAUCCGACAGAAGCUUCAAGUUCAAUUUUCAAGCCCAUUGCUUCCCAAGAAUUGCCAAUAAACGCCUUCCCUCGGCCAUUGCCAGUUGAGAGUGUUCUCGAGCCGGCAACAGCCACAAUCCAAGCCAUUCCGUCGAAGUCUUCCAUUCUUGAAGCACCGGUGCACCCAGUCUCUUCAACUAGUACUUCAGAAACUUUAUCCCAGUUUGACCAGCUGCAUGCUCAGCCCACCCAUGGUAUCGAUGUUUCCAAUAUCAUAACACCAGCUCAUGAGGAGACAACCACCAUUCACAUGACGAAGACAGUCACAGACAUGGAGACAUCCAGCCCAAGCGUCUCCAACAACAAUCCAGCCUCGUCUUCCAAAUUCGCAGCUCCUUCGUCGUCCAAUAUUGCAGCUCCAAAAGAGCCCAAGGCUUCCGAGUCAGUAGCAGAGCGUCCACUACCCAAAGGCUCUAAACCAGAUGCGGCUCCCAAAAACCCCAACCUUCUCCAAUCGCUUCCAUCCAUCUUACCCGACAAUCCAACAGACGUAAUCCCCCACCUCCCAGUUCCAGCCCUCGAUCAAGUCCUCCACCCAGACGGACCUUCCGUCCCCAAAAAUAUGCAGUGGACAGACCUCCCCGCCAACAACGAAUUCACAACCCGCCGUUUCGGCGGCCACAGCAAGCCAGCCGGAACACUGAUAAAAUACCACGGCAACGUGGGCGUGCCCUGGGGUAGCAACAUCAUCGAAGUCAGCCCAACAGAAGCCCACCGAUACAAGUACGUUGCGCGAUUCACCGGCGCCAACACCGAGCCCUGGACAGUAAUUAUCUGGAACAAGAUCGGGCCCGACGGCAAAAUGGACGGGUGGUACGACCACUCAGCCGUGACUUUUGUCCUAGCCCCCGGCGAGACGAAGUACAUCGCCUUCGACGAAGAUUCCAUUGGAGCAUGGGGCGCUGCGCCCGGUACAAAGGGUCUUCCCAGGGACAAUUUUGGCGGAUAUACCUCUACCUGGGGCGAGUUUAGUUUCGGCGAUAUCGAGAAUAACGGCUGGUCUGGCUGGGACGUAUCUGCCAUCCAAGCGCAGAUUGCAAAGCAGAAGGUGCAGGGGAUGCGGAUAUGCCUGGCUGAUGGAAAAGCAUGCUCCAUCCUCACCCCCGGCGCGAAGAAGGUCAUUAAUGCCUAUACCGAGUCGAAGAAGCACCAUGAUGGCAUUGGUGGUGCGGCGCCGCCGGGACCGGUGCGCUUGGCUGUUGACCUGGACUAUACGGAGUAA